AUGGGAUCACUUCAUAAGAAGUUCAGUUCAGGGUGCGGAGAAGCAAAGUACACCUGCUCGACUGCACUGGUGCUCGGAGUGGACACUUGUGCGGAUGCCCUGAUCGGAAGAACUCUGAAAACAAAUGAUCGCCUCGAUCUUCUACUAGCUGACGCUCUGACGCUUCCUUUUCGGGACAAUACAGCCGAUGCUGUGCUGAAUGUCUCGGUCUUGCAUCAUCUGUCCACGGCAACUCGACGAAAAGCAGCGCUCGAAGAAUGUGCUAGAUGCCUGCGACCAGGUGGACGCAUGCUGGCUUAUGUUUGGGCAUACGAGCAGCCGAAUGGCUCUUUCCCGUCGCAGGAUCUUCUAGUGCCAUGGAAUUUAAGUGAAAUACCUAUCAAUGAUUCCGUCAAUACGUCCACUGUUUACGUUUGUGAAGCCCGAUGGAAUCCACUACUCGUUUCACCGCCACCAGCAGCUCCGAAAUUUCUCCCGAAUGCUAAGCAAUCGCUGAUCACAGGUGUGAAGCGAUGGAGUCCAAUGUUAGGGCGCCGUUUGGCGACAUUGCUUAUUUCUGUCGAAGAACAACUCGCUGAUGAAAUCACACAGAAAAUUCUUCACGAAGCCCUCACAGAGACCAUGGCUUCACUAAGAGAGGUAACGUUCUACCGCUUCUACCAUGUGUUUCGGAAAGGAGAGCUAGAAAGUCUCGUUCAUUCGAUACCGUCGCUGAGUGUGGUUCACUCCUCAUUCGAACAUGGUAACUGGUGUGUCGUUGUGGAAAAAGUAGCCGGUUGA